CUGACAGCAGCCCCCUGGCAACUCGGAGCUGGGAAGGGAUCCAGGAGGCUGUACCUCGGGGUGGCACGGAGUGUCCCGGUCGCUUCUCCGGAACCUGGGAUAGGUGGAUCUAGAAGCAACGCCGCGGAGCUUGGCCAGAGUCAGAAGACACGCCCUCGCCCUUCUGCUUGGGAGAGACACACGAGCUGCCCCUUUCUUGGGGAACCUGAAGAGAAGGCUGUGAAUCAAGCAAAAGAGCCCAGAGAACGCAUUUUGCUGAGGAAGAGACCUGGGAGGCUGCUGGAAGGAGGUGGACCCUGGGAGAGAUGGCUUCCAAUCUGCACCCUGCCUAGCAGCAGCCCCAGCGCCCGGCCAGGCAAGAUGUGCCACUAGACAGCCAUGGACGGGGCCCACAGCGCAGGUCUGCAGCUGCAGCAGCUCCCACCGACCAGCAGCUCCAUGAGCCUGAGUAGCAGCGAGGGCUCCUUCUCCUACAAGGAAAACUUAAUUGGCGCUCUCUUGGCGAUUUUCGGGCACCUCGUGGUCAGCAUCGCCCUUAACCUGCAGAAAUACUGCCAUAUCCGCCUGGCAGGCUCCAAGGACCCCCGGGCCUACUUCAAGACCAAGACAUGGUGGCUGGGACUGCUCUUGCUGCUGCUAGGCGAGCUGGGCGUGUUCGCCUCCUAUGCCUUCGCCCCGUUGUCCCUCAUCGUACCCCUCAGUGCCGUCUCAGUAAUAGCGAGCGCCAUCAUCGGAAUCAUAUUCAUCAAAGAAAAAUGGAAGCCGAAGGACUUUGUGAGACGCUAUGUCUUGUCCUUUGUUGGCUGCGGUUUGGCGAUCGUGGGCACCUACCUGCUAGUGACAUUUGCACCCAAUAGUCACGAGAAAAUGACAGGCGAGAACAUCGCCAAGCACCUUGUGAGCUGGCCUUUUCUGCUGUACAUGCUGGUGGUGAUCGUCCUGUUCUGCCUGCUCCUGUACUUCUACAAGGAGAGGAACGCCAACAGCAUCAUUGUGAUUCUCCUCCUGGUGGCCUUGCUUGGUUCCAUGACGGUGGUGACGGUCAAGGCUGUGGCAGGGAUGCUGGUGCUGUCCAUCCAAGGCAACCUGCAGCUGGACUACCCAAUCUUCUACGUGAUGUUCGUGUGCAUGGUGGCCACUGCCAUCUAUCAGGCCACGUUUUUGAGUCAAGCGUCUCAGAUCUAUGACUCCUCCUUGAUCGCCAGUGUAGGCUACAUCCUGUCCACCACUGCGGCCAUCACAGCAGGUGCAAUCUUCUACCUGGACUUCCUCGGGGAGGAAGCUCUGCACAUCUGCAUGUUUGCACUGGGGUGCCUCAUCGCCUUCUUAGGUGUAUUCUUAAUCACUCGAAACAGGAAGAAGGCCAUUCCGUUCGAGCCCUAUAUUUCCAUGGACGCCAUGCCAGGGAUGCAGGACAUGCAUGCGAAAGGGACAACGGUCCAGCCUGACCUCAAAGCUUCUUUUUCCUACGGGGCCUUGGAAAACAAUGACAACAUUUCUGAGAUCUACACCCCGGCCACACUGCCCGUCAUGCAGGAGGAGCAUAGCUCCAGAAGCACCCCUGGGGUUCCCUACCGUGUCCUGGAGCACACCAAGAAGGAGUGAUCUGCCUCCCUUGGGGGUAUACCUGCCCACAGGCCACUCACGGUUCCACUCUUUGUCCAACCUGCCUUUCAAGUAUCCCGGUUUUAAACUGAGAACUCUGCAAGAUGAUCUUGGGAGGCCCUUGUCUCUGACAGAGAAGCUGUUCAAUGACCUUGACCUUGGAGAUUUCAAGUAGUUGGGGAGUAUCCCAGGUGAGCUGUGUGGCAGGUUAGCCCAGUGGGGGUUGAAGCCGUUUUCCUUCCUUGGACGGUCAGGGAGCAUCAGGUAGUGAUUGCAGGCUACCACGCGUUCCUUAGAGUGAAAACAUGACAGUCUGCUCCCUCUUUGCAAAUCCAGCAAAGUCGGUCUUCCUUUACCCAACACGCAUGCCUCAGCUCUACCUGGUUCACUCAUGAGUCCGUAGCUCUGACUGUAUUGGUGUCCCCUUUGCCGGGCCCAGCAGGGCCAGCCCUGAGUGGAGCAAGAUGUCAUCUGCACCGUGGUGGUGUACACGGGCCUUCCUUCUGUGAAGGCCUGGUGGGGAGUGUCUGCUGGGCCUGUUCUGAAAACCGGCUUGGUUCAAGUCCUGUGAAGAUGAUUUCAUUGUUUCCUCCAUCCAAAGAAGUCAAGAGGGCAGAGGGCGAGGGGGACAGGAACAAGGAGGCGGGGGUGGGGGGGUGUGCCUUCAGCCCUCUCUAUUUCCAACUGGUAAGAAAAGUUCCCAGUGACUUUCCUGUCCCAGUGACUUUCCUGUCCCAGUGACUUUCCUGUCCCAGUGACUUUCCUGUCCCAGUGACUUUCCUGUCCCAGUGACUUUCCUGUCCCAGUGACUUUCCUGUCCAGCCUCACAGAGGAUGUGCUGAGGUCCAAGCAGGACAAGCUGCUCUUUGCCCGGCACACCUGGCUCCUGGGAAGAGUCCAGAGCCCUGGUGCAGAUCCACAUCUAUCUCCUCCCCUUCCUCGCCCUUUAGACCACCCGCUAAGUUUCAUCUGCCGUUUCCCAUCUUUGGGCCACCGGGGUCUCUGGCCUCCAGCUUGGUCCAGACAGAGCAGGUAUUUUCACACACAGGUCUGCAGCUUUCUUCCUAUCUCUUUCAUGAUUAGCUCCCCCACCGCCACCUCGGACCCUGGACCAAUAAGCGCAUUUGAGAGUGGCAGGCAAAGGCUUGCAGGUUUUUAUGGGCAUCAGGAUUCCAUAGGGAUUUGUUUAAAAUGUGGGUUCCUCACUCCAACUGUAGUGACCUGGUUCGGGGGACCUGGAGUGGGACCCAUUAUUAGUGGGCAUCACAGGAGAUCUUGAGUCCCAGAACCCACAGAGCAGAGAGCAUACUCCCUCAGUAGCCUCAUGGGCCACUAAAUCCAGAGGGGCUACACACCCCUGCCAGAAGGUUCGAACCUCCAAUUUCUUACCCUCUCUGGGUUCUGUGGGCAAGCUAGCUGGCCCCCUAGGGCCUGCAGCGGUCCCUACCCAGUGAACACCACUCUAAGGUGACAGUGUUAAUAGAUCAGUGUUGACAGGCCAUCCUCGUCACAGCUCUUUACACCCAAACAGUGCUCCGACUCCAGCACUCUGCAACUUCCGUAUUCCAUCUUGACCAUGUCUGUAUUGUGGCUUAACGUGCCUAAGGUUGGGAUGGCAGCAGAGAGAGGGCUCUCCAGCUCAGCUCAGCAACACCUGAGGGGUUUUUAACCCUAUGUUUAGCCCGAGUAGUUCUGCCCUCCAGGCCUACAGAGGGAGACACACAAUCUUGGGUGGGGCAGGCUGUGCCACGGAGAAGCACAGAGUCACAGAGGCCCUGGGGAGGCUGGCCCCUGAACUCAAAGGGUGUUCAGAAUUGGAGGUGAUUUUCAUGCAUUCCUAGGUGGUGGCAGAAAGAGCUAAGAUUAGAGAACUAAAAUCAGGUUUUGCUUCUGUUCUGAUAGUGCCUGUCAGUGCCUAGCAGUGUAUGCAAAGAAGUGAGUGGGGAGGUGAAGUGUGGCAAGCCCAGGUGGGCACCCAUCAUUUGGGCAUGGUAUGUUUGCCCAGCCUCCCUCUGCCCCUUCCCUCCCUCUUCUGUGGGCUGUUUAGCCCUGGCCAGCCUGAGGUACACGUGCACUGUAACUGCAGGAAGGCAGACGGGGUGGGCAGUGCCACCCAAGAACUGCUUCCUGGGCCUGGGCAGCUCGAUGGCUUUUAGGCUGGGGACAGUGGCCACCAUCUUACAAGCUGGACCAUGAGAGCUGAGCAGAAAGGCCUUUGAGCUCCAGAGUGGAGAUGGGGCAGGGCCGUUGGGCAGUGGGAGACCUGAGAGUUCCCACCCUGUCCUAGAUGCCCUGCUUUGCCCCCAGGAGUCAAUGGAUUGUCAGGUGACAGCGGGGCCGCCCACUUCCCACCCACAGCCCUGACUGUUUUCACUCCUGGCUCUGACAGCACCAGCCACUCCUGUUCUUACCUACACUCACCCUGAAGACAGGCAUUCAGUAUGUAGCCCAGGCUAGUCUUGAACUCCCAAUCCUCCUGCCUCAGGCUCCAGAGUACUGGGAUUAUGGCCGUAUACUACCUUGUCCGACUCCCAUCUGAACUCUCCUGGCAACAUUAAAUGCCACGCUGCCGCCUCUCUGCCAGCCACAAGGUACCUCCCACAGUUCAUCCAGUAUAGGCCAAGCUUCAUUUCUUCUCUUCCUCUCCCACCCCGACUUUGGCUCGUUGUUCUGUCUGCAGGUUGGGGUUCUGGGUCAUGAUUAGACAUGAAAACAAAUGUUCUUGUUCUUUGAAGAGGGGAGCCCUGACCCCACACUGCAGCCUGAUGACACCCUCGCUUUCAGCACCAGGGGUUGGGGAAUCAGUGAACUGAAUGCUGGGCCGGGCAGUGGUGGGGCACGCCUUUAAUCCCAGCACUCAGGAGGCAGAGCCAGGCGGAUCUCUGUGAGUUCGAGGCCAGCCUGGUCUACAGAGUGGAGAUCCAGGACAGGCACCAAAACCACACAGAGAAACCCUGUCCCAAAAAACCAAAGAAGAAGAAGAAGAAGAAGAAGAAGAAGAAGAAGAAGAAGAAGAAGAAGAAGAAGAAGAAGAAGAAGAAGAAGAAGAAGAAGAACUGAGUAGUGCUGGGAAGGAGAGCUGAAGGUUGCUUUUCCAGUGGACCCAGCCAGAUGGAGGGCACCAUGCGAACAGAUGCAGGUGGCCUUCAGAGAAGGACUAGGCCCUCCCAACCCUGCAGUCUCACAAAUUUCAAAUGUGACCCAGUCCUCACUGACACUGGAGCCGCCUUGUAAAUGAAGUCACUCUAGAAUACAGUCUCUAGAUGCUUAUAUUUUUUAGCAUCAAAACUAAUACAGCAUGUGUUAGUUCACAAAAAUGUGUGUACUGUGUGCAGAUAACAUUAUAAAGUGGUAUUUAAUUAAAAAUCAGCAGUACCCGUGGA